AUGUCAUCACUCAGCGACAGUGGCACCUACACCUGUAUCGCCUCCACCCCCAGCGGAGAGGCGUCCUGGAGGGCGCACCUGGACGUGCAAGAGUUCGGGGCCCCAGUGCAGCCCAACAGACCCACAGACCCCGCCCUCAUCCCAUCCCCCCCCUCCAAGCCCGAGGUCACCGACGUCACCCGCACCUCCGUCACGUUGUCAUGGAAACCCAAUCUCUCCGGAGCCACGCCCACCUCCUACGUGGUGGAGGCCUUCAGCCACGCCUCCGGCAGCAGCUGGCAGACCCUGGCGGAGCACGUGAAGACGGAGAGCCUGGUGCUGAAGGGGCUGAGGCCCAGUGCCGUGUACCUGUUCCUGGUCAGAGCCGCCAACGCAUACGGCCUCAGCGACCCCAGCCACAUCGCAGACGCCAUCAAGACCCAAGACAUCCCCCCGACCAGCCAAGGCGUGGACCACCGGCAGAUCCAGACGGAGCUGGGAGACGUUCUCAUCCACCUCCACAACCCGUCCAUCCUGUCCUCCUCCUCCGUGCGGGUGCAGUGGACGGUGGAGCAGCAGUCCCCGUACAUCCAGGGGUAUAAGGUGCUGUUCCGGGCGUCUCCAGCAGAGGGCCACCGGAGCGACUGGUCCGUGCUGGAAGUGCGCACGGCGGCCGAGGACAGCGCCGUUGUUCCACAUCUGCGGAAAGGCGUCACCUACGAGUUCAAGGUGCGGCCCUUCUUCAACGAGUUCCAAGGCACAGACAGCGACGUGAAGGUCGGCAGGACGCUGGAGGAAGCCCCCAGCGCCCCGCCCCGGGACGUCACAGUGACAGAGAGCGGAGACAACGGGACGGCGGUGCUGGUCGCCUGGCAACCACCUCCGGCCGACCAGCGCAACGGCAUGGUGCUGGAGUACAAGGUAAAGAUAGAUAGAUAG